UUCAGUUCAGCUUAGUUCGUCUGAGGUCCGAGUUCGUCCGAUCAGCUGAUGACGUAACAUACGACAAGCGUGUGAGACAAGAGUUGUGUGCAAUUGUGUGUUAUACUCGUAUCAGUGUCGGUGGCGGGCGCAAGCAGCGACGUAUGGCGCAAGAGAUUUCGAGGUAACUCGUCGUCAAUCGUCAGUGCUCGGUCUCCGCGAACUCGUUCGUGCUCCGUUAUUACGCGUGCACGUAGCAUCGCUCGUGUACAUUCGAGCCGCGUUAUCGUACGCGGAGUAACGUGCGUGCCGCAGUAAGCAGGGCGCGAAUUGCUGCCUUUAUCCCUGCCGAGCGGGGGUGCACCAAAAGUAAGCGAUACAAAGAGGAAGAGUGAGAGAGAGAGAGAGAGAGAGAAAGAGAAAGAGAGAGAGAGAGAGAACGGAUCAAAUCGUGUCAGGAUGAGUGUCGACGCGUACGGGCCCAGCAGCCAGACCCUCACGUUCCUCGACACCGAGGAAACGGAUCUGAUCGGCGCAGACACGCAGGGCAGCGAGUUCGACUUCACCGACUUCACGCUACCAUCGCCGAGUCAGACACAGGCCUCGCAGCAUGACGCGACCCAAACGCAGUCCAGUCAACCCGUUCAGGUAAAUGGAACAAAUAAUACUUCAUCAUUGGAAUUAAAAAUCUCUGGAGCAACCCAGAGUCUUGCUGAGUUACAAUUUGAAGAGGAGGAAGAGGAAGCAUAUUAUAAUCGUGAUUUGCCUGAACAUGCGUGUAAAUAUUGCGGCAUCCAUGAGGCAUCCUGCGUGGUUAUGUGCAACGUUUGCAGAAAGUGGUUUUGUAAUGGACGCGGUAAUACAUCGGGAUCACAUAUUAUCAAUCAUCUUGUACGUGCUAAGCAUAAGGAAGUCACUUUGCACAGAGAUGGCCCUCUCGGAGAAACUGUCUUGGAGUGUUAUUCCUGUGCCACGAGAAAUGUUUUCGUAUUGGGUUUUAUUCCUGCUAAAGCUGAUUCCGUGGUCGUACUACUUUGUCGUCAACCAUGCGCAGCACAAAGUUCCCUGAAAGAUAUGAAUUGGGAUCAAGAACAAUGGAAGCCUUUGAUUGAAGAUCGUAGCUUUUUGGUUUGGCUGGUGAAGAUUCCGUCGGAACAAGAACAGUUGAGAGCCAGACAGAUUUCUGCACAGCAAAUUAAUAAGUUGGAGGAAUUAUGGAGGGACAACGUUGAUGCUACUUUUCAAGAUCUUGAAAAGCCUGGAGUAGACGAGGAACCGCAGCAAGUUCUGUUACGUUACGAAGAUGGAUAUCAAUAUCAAAAUAUUUUCGGUCCACUUGUAAAAUUAGAAGCCGACUAUGACAAACGUUUGAAGGAAUCUCAAACUCAAGAGAAUAUCGAAGUACGAUGGGACGUUGGACUAAACAAGAAGACUAUUGCAUAUUUUUUGCUGGCUAAAACAGACGGUGACAUGAAAUUGAUGCAUGGAGAUGAAUUGAGACUCCGUUAUUUGGGAGAGCUUCAUAAGCCUUGGUCCGGAAUCGGACAUGUGAUUAAGAUCCCGGACAAUUACGGAGAAGAAGUUGGAAUCGAAUUGAAGAACAAUUCUGGAGCGCCGACCGAAUGCGUCAGUCACUUUGUCGUUGAUUUUAUUUGGAAAAGUACGAGCUUUGAUCGAAUGCAAUCUGCGUUGCGCAAAUUUGCUGUAGACGACUCAUCUGUGUCGGGUUACAUAUAUCAUAGGCUGCUGGGUCAUGAAGUAGAAGAAGUUCUGUUCCGUUGUCAUAUUCCUAAGCACUUCAGCGCACCAAAUCUGCCUGACUUGAAUAGAUCGCAAGUGUACGCUGUGAAGCACGCGAUACAACGACCUUUAUCCCUGAUCCAAGGACCACCUGGAACAGGUAAAACCGUAACAAGCGCUACAAUAGUUUAUCAGCUGGUGAAACAAAAUGGCGGCCCGGUUCUCGUGUGCGCUCCUUCAAACACCGCUGUCGAUCAAUUGACCGAGAAGAUACACAAAUCAAAUCUAAAAGUCGUACGAUUGUGUGCCAAAUCACGCGAAGCCAUCGAUUCGCCGGUGAGUUUCCUCGCGCUGCAUAAUCAAAUAAAGAAUAUGGAGACAAAUACAGAGUUGCAAAAGUUGCAACAACUUAAGGACGAGACGGGCGAAUUGUCGAGCGUUGAUGAAAAGCGCUAUAGACUCUUGAAGAAAGCGGCGGAAAAGGAACUUUUGGAAGCUGCCGAUGUAAUUUGCUGUACAUGCGUUGGUGCUGGUGAUCCGAGAUUGCACAGAUUAAAAUUCCAUUCUAUACUCAUCGACGAAAGCAUGCAAGCCACCGAGCCGGAGUGUAUGGUACCCGUUGUUCUUGGAGCUAAGCAAUUAAUUCUCGUCGGAGAUCACUGUCAAUUGGGUCCAGUGGUGAUGUGCAAGAAAGCAGCUAGAGCCGGCCUAUCGCAAUCUCUAUUUGAAAGAUUAGUUGUACUGGGAAUCAGACCUUUCCGCUUGGAGGUACAAUACCGUAUGCAUCCCGAUCUCUCGCGAUUCCCGUCAAACUUCUUCUACGAAGGCUCUCUGCAAAAUGGUGUUUGUGCUGAUGAGAGAAAAUUACUGAAGAUCGACUUUCCCUGGCCUGCACAGGACAAACCAAUGUUUUUCUACGUUACGCAAGGCCAAGAGGAGAUAGCGGGAAGUGGAACAUCCUACUUGAAUCGUACAGAAGCAUCUAAUGUAGAAAAGAUAACAACGCGAUUCUUACGUUGCGGAGUGAAGCCUGAACAGAUUGGAGUGAUAACUCCGUAUGAGGGCCAGCGGGCCUAUCUUGUGCAGUAUAUGCAGUAUCAAGGUUCCCUGCAUUCGAAAUUAUAUCAAGAAAUCGAAGUGGCAAGCGUGGACGCUUUUCAGGGACGCGAGAAGGAUAUAAUAAUAAUGUCAUGCGUACGAUCCAACGAACAUCAGGGCAUUGGAUUCUUGAACGAUCCUAGAAGAUUGAACGUGGCACUGACUCGUGCGAAGUACGGCAUCAUCAUCGUGGGAAAUCCCAAAGUGCUUUCAAAACAACCACUCUGGAAUCACUUGCUUAGCUUUUACAAGGAACAAAAGGUGCUGGUUGAGGGACCGUUGAACAAUUUGAAGGAAUCCAUGAUUCAAUUCGCUAAACCAAAGAAACUCGUUAACGCUGCUAAUCCAGGUUCGCACUUUAUGUCUACGUCAAUGUACGAUGCGCGUGAAGCCCUGAUUCCAGGAUCAGUGUACGAUCGCUCCGGCGCGCAGAUGAACGGUACACAAAAUCACAAUCCGUACUACCAAAGAAACGUGCCGCUCGAUAUGUUCAGUCGUACUCACGAUACCAUUAGCUACAUCAGUCCGGAGCGGGCGCAGGCGGCGAUGAACAACAUGCCCGUACCGGUGGGUAUGUUCAUGAACAUGGCACAUGUACCGCCGCGCUUCUACAACCAGCAUCAGCAGGCAUUGCAGGCGCGCCAGAAUCAGAGAAACCGGCGCGGCGCCACAACGUCGACGAGGAACAAAUCCGGUCCGCGUAUGGGCAAACUGAGUCAAACGGAACAAAACACACAGCCUUAUAGUCAGCCGGGUCUGCCGCUGACUCAGGGCACGACGCAGGGCAUGUCUCAACCCGGCUUCAGUCUCUCGCAACCUGGUCUGAGUCAGGCGGAACUCUCUCAAGACUCAUUCGCAAUCGAAUUCCAGUCGCAGAUGGAUGGUCUCUUAUCGCAAGACUCGACUUAUCAGGGCGACCGAAGUGGCUUUUAUCAGUCGGGCCAGUCGCAAGCGGGGGGACAUUGUUCCCAGCCCUACUGAGCCGAAACCUACGUACGGCUGAGCAACGCAAUUGCCAUGCCAUGAAGGCUCGUUCGACCAAAUCUUCUCGACCAACAACCAACAAAUCACUAACUGCGCAAAACGGUAAAACGUUAAAACGGCUCGACGAUCGAGUACGAUAUUAUGCAGCGUAUGCAGUCGUCGACGUGAGAUAAAGGGGAAUGCAAGAGGAGUGAAGAUUCCGUAAGCUAAUUCGCCGUUGGAGGACUCCACCGUGGACGAAAACAUGCAAGAUUUAUGUAUCUACUGACUGUAACGAGUGCGACGAGGGCAGAGGAAGAAGACAUCACACACAGGCUGGGAGACGACAAACGACCACUUACCAAUCACCGUGACACGCACUAUAAACGGACCGUUUUAUCGCGGGGAUCGAGUGACGCUAGAAAUAUAAAAUUACAAAGGAAAGAAAAAAGAAAAAAAAUGGGUGUACCGCUUCAAGACUCGACCGAAUUUGACAAGUGUGCCAACGUAGCAUCACGAUCGGACGAAUCUACGGCGAGGAAAUUUGUGGAAGAUCUUUAUGCUAGUCAAAGUAUAAAAGAUCAAAAUCACAAUUGCACCGGAAGAUUAAGUAUUUCUCCCACUUUGCCACAGAUUAAUAUUCAAUUCGAGUGGAAAGCACAAGAAAAAUAAAAACUACACAUUCUUAUUAUCCGAAUUCCUUUAUACUCAUCACCAUCUCGAGCUGAGAACAAGACAUACCACUGUGCGAACUUGCUGCACGAGAGUGCUAACGCACAUCAUACACAUCGGGAGUUGAUAACAAUUUCUCCAGCUGAACUGUGUCGAAAAGAAAGUCGCUAAUCGAAUCGUCAGACAUACGAAGCAUUUCAACAUCAUCACGGAGGUGGGACAUCUUUUCUCAAAAAUCCGGCAUCUACGCCGUCGUGAGAAAUUCAUCGGUGGUUUUAAUCUUGUUGAUUAGUUUUCUUUUUCUUAUGUUAUAUCUAUUGCUUAUUUACCGCAGGGGGUUGAACGCAGCGCACGAUUGAAAAUAUUGCUUUCUUCCAGUAGAUCCUUAGUAACGUGCUAGCGGUUAAUGUGACCGAGAAAACAGUAUAGACAUAGGUUUACUAAAUAUUCUUUUUCUUUCUUUCUUUCUCGUAGAAUGUAUGUAUAUUCGGCAACAGCAUAUAAAAGUACACGGAAAUUAUGCUACUCUGUUCGGAGAAUUAUAUGCAUAUAUGCAUAUAUAGAGUUGAUAUACAUCAUCGUAAAUCGACGAGUAAGAAACUACUAAAAUUCAUUUAGUAAUUUGACGAUGGGUCAUUGUAGUAUCUCUAUACUUUAUUCUAUAAGAGAAUGACCUCAAUUUUCACUGAUCACGUUCAGUUCGCUCCUUGGAAAUUGCUUGCUGGGCGAUAAAUAAACAGCACUUCAUUAACAAUGAUGUCAAUUCUAAUGCAUUCAUGUUGAUGCAAAUAGGUUUACUGAGUUGAAGAAAUCUGUGUUAGUCCAUUAUUGAAUGCCGCAUAACUUCUAUUUUUACUCUUUGCUAUCAGAUACGCGAAAUAUGCAAUGAUAUUACUUGCAUAUGAAUUUUGCAGCAUAACACAUAUCACUUUUUGACUGUCUCAUUGUGUAUUUUGGACAUUGCCAUUAUUCAUAAUGGUACCGAAUAACUCAUUAUUAAUUGUAUUAUUUUACUUAUCGUACCAACUCUAGAAUUCCAUUCUUUAGAUUUUUAUUCGGAUUGCUUUUCUAUUCUUUUUGGUAGGAUAGGUCUCUAUUCUAAUUUUAUACUAUGUCUAUACUGGUUUCUGGCGGUAAUAAAUUUGUUAUAUUGCAAUAGAUUAAGUAACAAUUAACAUAACUUGCGUUAUACAACACUAAAAUUGUUUUAUUUCUUCUGUCCGACCAACAGCGCACCGCUAUAUAAUAGCAGAUUAUAAUAAAAUUUAUUGUGAAAUCUUAUGGAAAAAUAAAUUUGAUUUCAAAGCAA